GUUUGGAAGCAGACAAUCUGUGGCUGAUCCAAGGGCUGAUCCUUAAAAAUGUAAUGUUUGUAAAUAGUUGAUUUUUUAUAAUAUUUUCAAUUAAUUAAUUAAUAAUGGAUUUAAGUUCAUUCAAGUAUAGAAAUCCAAUUUGAAAACAACAGAAAAUAGGAAUUACCGCUUUUAAAGGACGAUCGCAUUUAAAAAGGUGUUCAGGGUAUUCUUUUGUAUUAUAUAUGAAAUUAAAACCCAUUGUUUUUAUUUAAAAUGGACCGAAUGACAAAGCAGGAAAUAAAUAUCCGCCGAUUGCUAAGAAUUUCUGAAGCAAUGGCAAAAAAUGAUAUAAGCACAAACUGGAAACUGGAGAAGUAUACAGAAACUUUAGAUGACAUGAUUGAAAAACUAAAUGAUUCUGCGUUUAAACUGCCCAAGGAUACUAUAGGAGAGUACGUCAAAAGAGUUGACUUUUUAAAAAAUAUAAUUGGUACCUCCAAAUUAAAAGAUGCAGUAGAGAAAGUGGUCGCUACUCAAAUGGUUUCGACUGGUAUAUACUCUACAGAUGAAUACCAUGGUUCUAACAUUAUGACUCAAAUACAUCAGAAGACAAGCUCUAAAUAUAAUCAAGAAUUACGGUCAGAGUUAUUCAAGCCUACAGGUAAAAAGGACCAAGAAUUGUCUGAUUCUACUGUAGAUACUGAUGACACAAGUGCAGUCUUAAAAUAUAAUAGUAAAAUGCAUGAAAAUAUUGCAAAUAAUAUUCUUCUAAUGACGAGAAGUAUGAGAGAGCACGCAACUAUAGCCAGUGGAAUUAUUCGAAGGGAUAUCAGAACUUUAGAAAAUAGCAAUAAACUCACCGAAGGAAAUCAUUUGAAUUUAAAGUCAGAGUCUCUUAAACUCGGUGAACAUACAAAGUCUAAUUGGAGGUGUUGGGUUUGGAUAAUGGUUGCUUUCGUCCUAAUAGUAUUUUUCAAUAUGAUUCUGUUCAUGAAGGUCGCAAGAAAAAAAACGUAAUGUUCUUGGAUAUUGUUGCUACUCUUGAGUAGAAUGGAAAAACCUUUUUUUUGUUUAUAAUAUAGGAAAAAAGUAAAAUAAUAAUAAAGU